CUAGGUAACAUCUGCCGCUCACCGAUGGGCGAAGCAGUCCUCCAAGAUAUUGCGAAAAAACGCGGUUUGGACAUCGUGGUGGAUAGUUGUGGGACUGCUGGAUAUCAUGUCGGGGAGGAACCAGACGAAAGGACUGUCGCCGUUUGCCAAAAGCACGGUGUUCCUAUCUCUAGCCACGCGCGCCAGGUGGCAUCAUCGGAUUUCACUCGUUUUACUCAUAUCCUAGCGUCCGACGAGAACAAUUUGAAGAAUCUCAUCAGCGUCAAGCCGGCAAAUGCGACCGCAGAAGUUCGGCUCUGGGGAUCAUACCUCGAUGGGAAAUCAAUACCAGAUCCGUAUUAUGGACGAACGAAUGGUUUUGAAAACGUGUAUCAACAAUGUGUUCGCCUUUCGAACGCUUUUUUGGACGACGUGACAGCAAAGGCAAAUUUAUAG